AAAACCAUAUUGAGAAACAGUGUAGGCUAUAUAUCCAGCCCCCUUUUUCUCAUCUUCCCCACUCACUCCAUCACGGGACGAAGGAGUUGUGCGGUAGGCUAUAUGUAGGUUGAGGAAGUCAGAAAGUCCAACAACAGUUAGUAAAGUUUUAACCUGCGCGUUUGGAAUUGACAUUCUUUCAGUUGAAGCGUUUCCAAUAAAUAACGCUAUGGCAGGAUUGAAGUACAUGAGUGGGUUUGGGAACGAGUUUUCCUCUGAGGACUCUCGCUGUCCAGGAUCCCUACCUGAAGGACAGAACAACCCUCAGGUAUGUCCAUAUGGUCUAUAUGCUGAGCAGCUCUCUGGCUCCGCCUUCACCUGCCCACGGCCAGCCAAUAAAAGGAGCUGGCUGUAUCGUAUUUUGCCGUCCGUCCGACACAAGCCGUAUGCUGCAAUGGACUGUGGAGACCUGACGGAGAACUGGAACGAAGUGGAACCUGAUCCUAACCAGAUGAGGUGGCUUCCAUUCACCAUACCAAAAUUCUCAGAGAAGAAAGUGGACUUUGUGAUGGGUCUACACACAGUGUGUGGUGCUGGAGAUGCCAAGUCUCGUAACGGGAUCGCCAUCCACAUGUUCACCUGCAACACCUCCAUGACGGACAGAUGUUUCAACAACUCUGAUGGAGACUUUCUCAUUGUGCCCCAGCAAGGAGAGAUCCUCGUCACCACAGAGUUUGGGAAGAUGAUGGUUGAGCCCAACGAGAUCUGUGUUGUUCAGCAAGGGAUGCGCUUCAGUGUGGAUGUGUUUGGGGAGACCCGAGGCUAUGUGCUCGAGGUGUAUGGGACCCACUAUGAGCUCCCAGAUCUGGGACCUAUAGGAGCCAACGGGCUGGCCAAUCCCAGGGACUUCCUGGUCCCUGUUGCAUGGUAUGAGGACCGCACAGUGGCCACAGGUUACACAGUCAUCAACAAGUACCAGGGCAAGCUGUUCUCCAGCCAACAGGAUUUCUCUCCCUUUAACGUGGUGGCCUGGCAUGGUAACUACACACCGUACAAAUAUAACCUGGACAACUUCAUGGUCAUUAACUGUGUGGCCUUCGAUCAUGCGGAUCCUUCCAUCUUCACCGUGCUUACAGCCAAGUCCAAUCGCCCGGGAGUAGCCAUCGCCGACUUUGUCAUCUUCCCUCCGCGCUGGGGUGUGGCUGAUCGCACCUUUCGUCCCCCCUACUACCACCGUAACUGCAUGAGUGAGUUCAUGGGGCUGAUCAAGGGUCACUAUGAGGCCAAGGAGGAGGGCUUCCAACCAGGAGGGGGCAGUCUCCACAGCAUGAUGACCCCACACGGGCCAGAUGGAGACUGUUUCGAGAAGAGCAGCACGGCUGCUCUCAAACCAGAGAGGGUGGCUGAGGGGACCAUGGCCUUCAUGUUUGAGUCCUCCUUCAGCAUGGCGGUGACUAAGUGGGGUCUGGAGACAUGCCAGAGGCUGGACAAGAGCUACUACCAGUGUUGGGAAACCCUCCACAGUCACUUCAACCCAAACUGGAGGCCCAGCAAACAGUAGAAAAAUAUAAGAGUAUACUGACACACAGUGGUUGGCUGCCAUCAAUAAGGUUUGCAGCUAAUAAAGGGAUAAUUAAGUAAAUGUGUAUUGAUAUGUUUAAUAGAUGGCCACAAUUAAAAAAUGUUUGGAUGAAUUUAAAUGUUCUAUAAUACAGAGAAUUUUAAAUAAAUCAAUUUGGAUCCCACC